CAUGAAUAUACCAAUAGGACUACUUUCCCUUCGGAACCCACGACUGGAGAAUUUCCGAAUGGAUAAACAAGUAUGGCGGGUAAUGUAGACCGUCCCCUUCGCCCAAUCCGUGAAAACCAGCGGACUUCAAGUAUAUCGGAGUCCGAGUAUGAAAUUGUCAAUGACACGGGUAACAUGGGGUACGAUAUCCCGAUCUCUGCCCAAAUGAGUCGCAGAGAUAACAGGAAGUUAUGGGAGCUGAACUACCAGGAGGCGGCCAUAUUUCUACAGGAAGGCGAGAACAACGACAAGUUCUACACCCACCCCCGGAACUGUAACGCCCUUCCCGCCUAUCAGAUAGCCCAUCAUCAAUGGUUCCAGGUUCUGGACCUGGCGGCAGCCCUCGGUCUCCUGCUGCUGGCCGCGUGUGAACGACCGGCCGUGCCCUUCCUUACACUACCUGUAGGGGUCCAUGGUUCUCUGGAGAUUCUGGGCCAGCUAAUUCUUGCCCUACAGUUAGCCAUCAAGAUGAGAUGGCUAGGCUGGAAGACUUUUAUCAGACACAAGCGGACUUCCAUCAAGUCUUUCACACUGGCCAUUAUGUUCAUAGAGUCUGUCGUGGUGCUGAUUCGACAGACUAAUCACUUCCGGGUCACCAGGGCGCUCCGCCCACUCUUCCUGAUUGACACGCACUACUUCAGAGGGGUCAGAAGAAUCAGUCGUCAGAUCCUCAUGUCCCUGCCUCCAAUCCUAGAACUCAUCUUCCUUCUCAUGUUCUUCAUCUUAAUUUUCUCCAUACUUGGAUUUUAUCUCUUCUCGCAAGUUCCCAAUGACACGUAUUUCAGCACUCUACAGGACAGCUUUGUCAGCCUCUUUGUUUUAUUGACCACUGCAAAUUUCCCGGACGUGAUGAUGCCAGCCUACGCCAGCUCGCGGUUCAACGCUGCCUUUUUCAUUGUGUAUCUGGCCUUAGUUCUGUAUUUCCUUAUGAAUCUGCUACUUGCUGUUGUGUACGAUACGUUUUCAAAUCUGGAGAAGAGAAAAUUAAAGACGUUAUAUUUUCACAAGAGGACUGGCUGCCAACAUGCCUUCAAGCUCCUGGUUACAAAACAGGAUUCUAACACAGUCAAUAUCAGGAACUUUAUCGGAAUGCUGCGGUACCUCCGACCCAAAAAAAAGAGGUUAGAUGCCUACCUGGUCUUUAAGACGCUGAACAAGUCGCGGUCGGGUCGUCUCAGUAUGGAGGAGUUCUACGGUGUGUACAGUGUCCUUGACCUUCAGUGGCAGCCAAAACAGGAGGAGUUCAAGAUUUGGUCAUCAAAUUUCAGAUAUCCAUUCAACUUCAUUUUCAAAAAACUGAAUGAAUUUGUCAACUGGCGAGGUUUUGAAGGAUUCAUCUACUUGGUAAUUGCAGUCAAUUUCGCUUGGAUCUUGGAGGAGACUAUUUCUCUUUCGCGGGAGAAUAUUGAUGUUAAGCACUACAACUUUACAAUUACCUGGGCUUCCAUUAUUUUUAUAUGCAUAUACACUUUAGAAGCUUCCAUUAAAAUUCUUGGCAAGGGUCCAGUAGAAUAUUUUACAACCGGUUGGGAUUUGUUUGACUUCCUGGUGACGGUGACCAGCGUGGUAGGAUUACUGGGCGAGUAUUUCAACGACUCAUUCUUCUACAUCACUGUACUCCGCCCAUUCAGACUACUGCGACUGUUCAAGGUCAAGCGGAGUUACCGGGACGUGUUGGGGACAUUGUUCGUUCUCUUCUCCAGACUCAUCAGCCUGGUGGUGGUCAUAAUGUUGGUGUACUAUUUUUUUGCCAUUGUCGGCAUGGAGUGCUUCCUUUAUGUAGAUCUCAGGAACUGCUGCAAAAACACAAGUGUAGAGGACUUCUACCGCUUCACCAAUGACAGCAGAACUCAAGGCUACUACUAUCUGAACGACUUCAGCAACAUCAUGAUCUCCGGGGUGACGCUUUUUGAGCUGACCGUGGUUAACAACUGGUUCAUUAUCAUGGAUGGCUUUGCACAUCAUAUAGGAGAAGUAUCGCGGGUCUUCUUUAUGACGUUUUACAUUGUGAUGAUGGUUGUCAUGACGAUUGUUGUUGCCUUCAUCCUGGAGCUGUUUUUAUUCCGUAUUCAGUACAGAAGGAAACUCAAACUGGACGACAUUGAUGACCAUGCUAAACAGACAGCACACGUUUACCUGAGUGACGAGGAGAAGAUUAUGUGUGAGAACGAUGACUAUAAAUGGACUGGUGGAUUGAUUACUCUCCAGAAGGACUCCACUGAUCUACAGACCCCUUACUUGUACCGAGGCGAGAGGUACCGCAAUAAGAUGGAUUUCAGCCUCCGUAUGUACGGGGACGAGGUCAAGAGCUGGCUGGAGGAGGAGCAGGAUAGCCGGGACCAGACCAUCCACACCAUGACGGAACUCCGGCGCCGAAGUCGCCCCAAUGCUGACCUUGAAGAUCUAGAUGAGGACUUCAUCCCUAGUCCCACUCUCCCCAACCCCGGGGAAGAAUUUGUCCAGGAAUCCAGCCCCGCCUACUACAACCCAGGGGCAGAGAACCUCCAGGGAGAGUCAGAAGGUCAAGAGGCAAAGAGAGAGUGACCUCUGAAGGUCAGGUGAAAUCCAAGGUCAAGGUCAAAGUCUGAUCCAUUUGUUUGUUUGGAACAUACCUCAGAGUGUUUCUAAUCAGACAACUGGAUUUUAGAUUAUAUAGUGAUUUUUUUUCUGACUUAAGAACCUUAUGGACAAUGUCAAUUUCUGUGAUCGGUGUAAAGAUGUGCCAAAAACUUGAAUCAUUUCAUUUUAUUGUAUAUUUGUGCCUUGUAAGAUAAUUUCAUACCAAGGAGUAUUUAGAUGCUUGUCAAUCAUACUUGUGUACACUAUGGUCUGCAAGAUCCAUCCAGUCCGUGGGUAUUACCUCCCAUAUAGUUUUUAAAGCACUACUUUAAUUUUUCAUUUUUUAUAUGAAUCUUAUGAAAAUGAAAGUUUUUAAAUCAAGUUUUCAUACUCAUUGUAAAAAUCAUCAACAUCAGAAUUUAGUGUAAUUUCUUCUAAAAUAGCAAGUUCUCAAAAAGAAUGCCUCAACUAGAUACUUAAAAAAGUAAAUCAUGCUAGGUGCUGCAAAGAUAUUAAUCAGACAAGAGCUGAUAAAAAGUAAAUUGAGCUUUUGGUAUAGAAACUGAGGUAGAAUUUGAGCCAGGAUUUAGCUGUAAAUAAGCUUUAUUAAUCAAUGCCCUGUGGACUGUGAUAUUAUGUAUAUAGCUCCACACGGUACUAGAAUGAAUUUCUUAAAAACUAGCAUUGGAAAUAUUUGAUUGUAGAUCUUGUUUUAAGUUUCUUGUUUAUGAAUGUUGAAAUCACAUUUCUAAUUGAUUGGUUUUAUUAAGUUAGUAACAAGUUAUUGUAUCAGUUUGAUCCAAUUCAUCUUUUU